CUGUAAAUGAACUUGGCAGCAGCCGGUAGCAGGCAAUAAGAAUCUGGCACGUCACACGGUGACGUCGGUGGGGGCGGGGCCCAGCACUGGUUUCUCUCUGUAUUGCAUGACAGGAGUACUAGUUGCUGCUGAUCAGAGGCAGAUCUCUAUCACACAGGCUGUGCAGGAUGGCUGCUGUCGCUGAGGUGCAGAGAGUGCUGGUGUAUGGAGGCAGAGGAGCUCUGGGCUCCAAGUGUGUGGACUACUUCACAUCCAAGAACUGGUGGGUUGCAUCUAUAGAUGUGACGGAGAAUGCGUCUGCCAGUGCUAAUGUGGUGGUAAAGCUGUCCGAUUCUUUCACUCAGCAAUCGGAAGAGGUGACCACAGCAGUGGAUCAGCUUCUCAGUGGUCAGAAGGUGGAUGCAAUCCUCUGUGUGGCUGGAGGCUGGGCUGGAGGCUCUGCAAAAGCAAAAUCAUUUUACAAGAACUGUGAUCUGAUGUGGAAACAGAGCGUUUGGACUUCAGCCAUUUCCAGUCACCUCGCUACAAAGCAUCUUAAAGAAGGAGGCCUGCUCACAUUGUCCGGGGCACAAGCCGCACUAUCUGCUACCCCAGGAAUGAGUGCUUAUGGAAUGGCUAAAGCGGCAGUGCAUCAGCUGUGUCAGAGUGUCGGCGGAGACAAGGGCGGAUUGCCGGUUAAUUCUGCUGCGGUAGCUAUCUUACCUGUUACCUUGGAUACGCCAGCUAACAGAGCCUCCAUGCCUGAAGCAGACUUCACUUCCUGGACAUCAUUAGACUUUAUUGCUGAGACAUUUUUUAACUGGACCACUGGAAAUAACAGGCCGAAGUCUGGCAGUCUCAUACAGGUGAUCACAAAGAAAGGGAAAACGGAGCUUGUACCGGCUCAGCUGUAAGAUGGGAUUGCAUCCUCUGCGUUGGGAGAGUCUGAAGCUAUAUGCUGCCUCGUUAGCAUUUAGAUUUUAUCCCAUUGAUCCUUUGCAAUAGUUGAAUUUCUAUUGAUUUGUUUCUGACAGACCUGGGAUAUGUACAGUUUAUCUAAUUCCAUGCAUAUUAGGUAUAUGUAGUCUAGUCAAUUCAGUUUAUACUACAUUUUUAUGUAAAUUCGUAUGGGUCGGUGGAUAGACCUAAUGCAUGUCGACCUUCAGUGGUCGACAUAUUGACUGCCGACCUAAGCUGUGUCGACCUAACAACCAUAUCCCAUUCAUAUUAUAGGGUUUAUUUUACAGUGUGAAGUUGUUAAGAACACCUGGCAUGUAUUGCUUAAAAUGUGUUUUGAAUAAACCUGUUCCCUCGGCCUUAAAGAA